AUGUGGAAUGGCAAAAUGUCCCAUGUGCAGCACCCCAUCAAGUUCACCUCAGUGAUUGUGGACGAAGCCGCCCAGGCCAGCGAGCCAGAUGUUGUCCUGUCCUUCAUGUCGGCCGGGUAUCGGGUGGUUGUGGUCGGCGACCACAAGCAGUUGGGGCCCGUGAUCCCGGAGAGGAACCUUUGCACCUCCUACGUCAGCGCUUUGGAGACCCCAUUCCUGGAGAGGAUGUUGCAGAAACCGCAGAGGCAUUCGGCCAACACCCUGCUGAACGUGCAGUACCGGAUGCAUCCCUCCAUCCGUCGCUUUCCAUCCAUCCAGUUUUAUGACUCCAAGCUGCGCGACAGCGUCUCCAUGCCGCACCGGCCGGAGCUCUGCUGCCUCUGGCCGCAGAGGGACGAGCAUGUGCUCUUUGUCGACUGCCAGACGCCACAGACCUUCGGUGCGGGCGACAAGAGCCCAGAUGGCGUGGAGAACAAGGUAUCGCUGAAGAACGUGGGGGAGGCCAAGCUGGUGCUGGAGGCUUGCACCCAGCUGCUGGAGGCCGGGUGUUCACCCAAGGACAUCGCAAUCAUUACGCCCUACACAGCGCAGCAGCAGGAGAUCCGCACGCGGCUGGCGAAGCGGCCAGAUUCUCGGAACAUCUUGGUGGGGACCGUGCACGCGCUGCAGGGAUCUGAGAGGGAGUACAUCAUCAUCAGCUUCGUGCGGAGUUUUGUGCAGGAUGAGUAUGACAUCCACUCUGCAGAUUCUUCUGGCAUGAUCCUCUCAACAGAUAAGCAGAGCAAAGCCUUGCGGGACAUUUGCAGCUGCAAGUUGGGCAUCCUUUCGAAUAACAGGCUGCUGAAUGUGUCGCUGACGCGAGCGCGCUAUGGCCUGGUUUGCAUUGGCAAUAGGUCGGUGCUGAGCAACGGGUCCCGGGACUUCUUCGACUACACCCAGGGCCUCGCGGAGCGGGGCUGCGUGGUGGACCGGCUCAACGCCAAAGGUACCGCGAAGCGUCGCGGAGGCUGA